UCAUCGUUCUCGUCUAAAGACCGCUACAUACGUUUCUUUUUCCAUAAACCCCCAGACGCGUAAUUGAAAAAUAGUUAUCAAAAUCCACAAUCCCUCUCUCUCUCUCUCUCCACCAAAAUCAAAACUUGAACAAAUUGUCAACAUCGGCGAUCGACGAAGCUAUAUCGGAAUGGCGAAGACCAACGACGAGCCGGCGAUCGGGAUCCCCUACAACGCGACCUACCAGGCCGCGAUGCCCCCGCAGCAUCACCACCAUUACUACGUCGGAAACAACCCCUAUCAAGCCGGAAUGAUCCCUCCGAACGCCGUCGUUGGCGAUCCCAAGGGAAUCCCGAUUCAACAGACCAUGUAUAAGGAUACCCCUGCUCCUUUUGACUGCGUUCACUGCGGUAGUUCUGGUUUGACCACCGUCAGAUCAAAACCAAGUCUGGCAGCUGUUGUUGGUUGCAUGAUGCCUAUGAUGCUUGGAGUUUGCUUUCUUUGUCCUUCAAAGGACUGCCUGUGGCAUAAGUAUCACUAUUGCCCAAGUUGCAAAGAGAAGGUUGCUGAUUUUGAGAAGUCUGAUCCUUGUAUAGUAAUGGAUCCUCUACACUGGACAGAGCCAAGCUUUGCAUUGCCCGCAUGACUCGAUGAGUUCUAAACAUGCCUUAUUCAUGUGUGUUUUAGUCACAAUGUGUUCAUUUUCUGCUUUAGCAGAACUGAACCAUCUGUUAUUUAUAUGUAAAGAUGUACUGGAAAAUUGCUGGGAACUACCAUUACUAUACUGUAACAAUAACGCUCUAUUUUAGAAUAAUGGAGUUCGUACUUCAUACCA